GUAGUGCGGCUCUACCGGCCUGCUCUCUGUACCAAAUGGGACACACUGAUUCUGGAGAGGGUGUUUUGUGCACUUAGGAGGGGGGAACGACGACGACACUGCAUAGAAAGGCGUCGAUGGGAGCCGCGGUCCGCUCCACGACCACAGCGCACCGAGCGGACCGGCAGAAGAAAGGCUGUGUGGGCCUACUUCUUCUCAAAACGACCUGCUCCUAUGUGUGCGUGGCCUCCGCCGGGUUCCUGCUCCUCCUGGGGGUCUGCCUGCUCUACUUACCGGACCCGCUCACCCCGGAGCCGUCUCUCACCGAGGACGACCGCGCGGUGACGCUCCUCGUGUGGACUCAUCCGUUCGGUCGGUACCGCAAACUUCCGGACUGCUCUGAGCUCUAUCAGAUCGGCGGGUGCACGCUCACCGACGACGAGAGCGCGUACCCGCAGGCUGACGCUGUAGUUAUUCACCACCGGGACGUCGCCACCGGCGCCGCUGACCUACCGACGGAACCGCGGCCGCGCGCACAGAAGUGGAUAUGGAUGAACUACGAGUCCCCCGCGCACACGCCCGGCCUGUUUCGCUUUGAGGGCGUUUUCAACCUCACGCUGACCUACCGGACGGACUCCGAUAUCUUCCUCCCGUACGGGUAUCUAGUCCCCCGUGACCGCGGAACCAAGGGUGUCCAGAACCGCUACGCAAAACCGCUCCGCGCACCGUCGCGCUCACACCUCCGACGGCCCCGCCUCCUGGCAUGGGUCAUCAGCAACUGGCGGGAGUCCCAGGCUCGCGUGGGCCUCUACUACGAGCUCCGCAGGUACGUGCAGGUGGAUGUGUUCGGGCGCUCGGCCCGGCCGGUACCGGAGGACGGCGGCCGCGGCGACAGCGUGGUGCGGCUGGUCGGACGGUACCAGUUCUACCUGGCGCUGGAGAACUCCCAGCACACCGACUACAUCACCGAGAAGCUGUGGAACGCGGUGCGGGCCGGGGCGGUCCCGGUGGUGCUGGGUUCAUCCAGGCAGAACUACGAGCGCUUCCUUCCCCCAGAGGCCUUCAUCCACGUGGACGACUUCCCCACGGUGCGAGGGCUGGCCCGGUACCUGCUGAUGCUGAGGCGCACCCCGGCCCAGCUGAGGCGGCACCUGGACUGGAGAGGGGGUUACAGCGUGCACCAGCCGAGCUUCUGGGCUGAACACUACUGUACGGCCUGCAGGGCGGUGAGGAGGACCAGGGGCAGGACCCAUGUGGUCAAAGACCUGACACGGUGGUUUCACUCAUGAAACCUGCAGAAGCAUCCCCUGAUCACCUGACCACCAGCUGUUUAUAACAGACAUUCAUUCAUCAGCAUUCAUCAGCAUUCAUGGUUGUUUGGGAGACAUUUUAGUUAUUUUUUUACAAAGUUUCAUCUGGUCUUUCAUCUCAACUUCAGGUGCUUGGGGAA